UUGAACGAGGCUGAGUUCUCAACCUUCACUCGACAGAGACACGCAUUCAGAGACUUGAAGAUACAAAGUUACAACUCUAUGGUGGACUUAAAAGGAAUUUUAAGGGCGAGAAGGAUUUUAUUUUUACAGCUGAAUCCAUUAUCGUCAUCUCCAGACGGGAAAAUAUGAAAUUGUCAACAGUUUUGCGACUUUUCUUGUAUGCCCUCGUGGCUGUGUCAUCGGUGAGUUGUGCAUCUGUAACGAGGUUUGAGAGCCAGAGCCCUGCACAUACAACUGUGAUAGAUCUCCUAGAUGUACUGAAUGAACGGAGGUCUUCUGUGGACAACAAGGAGGUGGAAUAUCAUGAUGAAGAGGAAUAUUACUACGAUGAUGAAGAGGAUGACGAGUUUUCUGGGGAUUAUGGUUUGCCUAUAGCUGCGUUUUCAAGCAAACCCAAGGAUCCAAGUGCCGUUUUGAAUGCAGAAACACUUGAAGGCUCAAAGAGGAAGGGCCAAGGAAGGAAGAAAGGAAAAGGAAAGGGAAAAGGCAAGAAGAGGAAUCCGUGUCUAAAAAAAUACAAGGACUUUUGUAUCCACGGAACCUGCCAGUAUCUGCAGGGCUUAAAGGGGCCUUCAUGCGUAUGUGAUCAGGGCUACUCAGGAGAGCGAUGUCACUUCUUCUCAUUGGAAGUAAAGACGAACGAGGGAGCGUACAACCGAACAACGGCGCUGGCUGUGGUGGCUGUGGUUCUCUCUUCACUAUGUCUCACUAUCAUCGGACUUCUACUGGCUCUCAGGUUUCACAAGCGAGGUGCAUAUAAUGUGGAAAAUGAGGAGAAGAUUAAACUGGGAGCUGCGCCACACCACUAAGAGACUGGAGAGAACGGCAACUGUGUGGGAAUUCUACCUCAAAAUAAAGCACCGAAGUUGAAUGUUUCUGUGGAACAGCGAGCGCAGCGUGCUGGAUAAGAGGAUAGAGUGACAGUGUUUGUUGUUUGCAGGAAUCACGGCACCUCUGUGAAAGGCCUGACUCACGAAUGACUCGCUAAAAAGUUCACAAGAGAGCCCAGUCAGCUCAAAACUUGCUACGAACUGGAACUCUGACAGACGGGCUUGGUCUGGAACAGACGCUAAGCUGUUCAGACAUUUUAGUUGUAUACAGAAUGAGAAGGAACUCCUCUGGGUUGGGAAUGUAGUUUGGGUAUUGGGGCGAGGUAUUUUCUUGUAUAGAAGAAAUCUCGCCCGAAAUAAGUAUUCUUAUAAGCAUUUUUGUUCAAGGAAUAUUCCAGUUUUAAUACAAGUUUAGCUCAAUCGACAGCAUUUGUGGCAUAAUAUUGAUUACUUGUUAUAUUGUGGACUCGUCUGUCCUUUUCUUUAAAAAAGAAGCAAAACUCAGUGCCUCACUUACAAUGGAAGUGAGUGGGGCCAAUUUUUGAUAGGCUUAAUGACAGAAAUGUGAAGCUUACAGUAUAAUUACAUUAAUUCUUCUGUUAAAACUUGUGUAUUAUUUGAGCUCUAAAGUUAAAUCAACGUUUUUUUAACGUUAACCAAUUGGCCCCAUUCACUUCAUUUGUAAGUGCCUCACUGUAACCCAGAUUUGUGCUUUUUUUUUUAAAGAAAAUGAGGGACGAGUUGAAAUUAUUUUUUGUGGUAAUCAGCAUUAUGCCACAAAUGCUGUUGAUUAAGCUUAACUCAUAUUGAACCCGGAAUAUUCCUUCAUUGUCUGUGUAUUUAAUCGUUGUUAGCUAUGCUUUAAUUUAUUUAUUUAUGUAAAUAUUGAUAUUUAUUUGGAUUUAGACCAACCUUGUCCAGCCCUAAUGCACUGGCAAAGUAUUUGACAGUCUCUGUUGUUUUGUCAAUGUAAUAUUUUAUUUAUUAAAAAGCAAUUGUAAUAGGUUCAUGUGAGUACUGAAAAUGGUAGACUGAAAAUCAAAAUAAUAUUUAAAUAAUUUGCAAUUUUGAUAUUUUUGGUGCAUUUAAUGAAGAGAAUAUUUUAGAAUAUUUUUAUUAUCAUUUUAAUCUCCAGGACAGUGUUAGAAUGUAUUUCAGCGAACUUUUAAAAUAAGUUUUUUUUUUUUUUUUUUUUUUAAGAGAAAAUAAAUUCAUUGUUUGGCCAGUAUAAUGCUAACACCGUUAAACAACAGUGUGCAAAAUAUGAAAUGUGAAUUACAUGUCCUAAUCACAAAGCUGUCUUUGAGCAGUUCAUCAUUUCUGUUUGUUUGUUUUUUAAAUUCAGCAUCCUACUUUAGAAGAGAUAGACAUUAUUUCUUUCUCACUGUCUCAUUAAAUGUGUGCAGUAUUUUGAAAUGCUCAAACAGGAAAAUUAAGGCAAAUAAAUAAAACUUUAUAAUAUAAAAAUACUUUUGUACUGCAUUUUCAAUGCAGAUGCUCAGUAUAUUCCCAAGGAGGAAGAUACAAAGAGUAAUUUUACUCAUGAGAGCAGUUAAGACCGGUUUCCCAUUUUGAGGAUAUUUUUGAAAACUGGAAUAACAACAUGUAUACUGUAUUGUCUUAGUUUUGACACAAGAAAAAAAAUUGUCUAGUCUGCCUCCUUUCAAUUUCCAAAGAUUUUUCUUUCAUGUGAAGUGCACCUGUAUCCUGAACAUGUGGUCAGUGGUCAUUUACAUGUACAAUACAUUCACAAUAAACACUCUUUCACUACCAGACGA